AUGGCUGCCAGCAAGCUCCAUUGCUCCAUGGAGUCCUCCAGAAGUCCCGAUGGUUUCCAGGGCAAAGCGGUGUCACCUCGUAAUCGGCUGGUGGUCGAGGCAGAGGAGCCUGUGACACUGACUCCCUCUGCCUUCCUGAAGGAGAUGUCCCUCACCACCCAGCAGAGGCUGGCCGCCGCUCGGGACACACGCCGGCCCCACAUUGUCCAGCUUCUGGACAUGAGUGAAACCUCCCAUCAAAAGUUCUCAGCAGUUGACCUGGAUCAGAGCUUGUUCCAGCCUUUCCCCUCGGAGGUGGUAUUUCAGAGCUACGUCCCCUGCGAGGUCUACGAGGUGCCGCUGGUUCUGAGGAACAACGACGUGGUUCCUCGGCUGGUGAAGGUCAUCCUGGAGAGCUCACCUUAUUUCAAGUUGAUCAGCCCCACUGACGUGUGCCGUAAGGUGGCACCUGGCAUGCUUUCCACCUUCCGCAUCCUUUUCACCCCUGAGGAGAACAAGGAUUACUUCCAUGAGCUCACCUGCAUCACAGAGAGGGAGAAGUUCAUUGUGCCUAUCCGAGCCAUUGGUGCCCGAGCUAUCCUGGACUUCCCCGACCAGCUCAACUUCUCAGUCUGCCCGGUCAAGCACAGCACCCAGAGAACUCUGCUGGUUCGCAACGUCGGGAACCGGGAGGCCCGCUACCACAUCAGCACCCAGAGCCCCUUCUCUGUUGAUCCCUCUGUUGGGACUCUUGGGAUUGGUGACACCAUGCAAGUCACGGUGGAGUUCCACCCGCUGAAGACUGGGGACCAUUCCAGCUCCCUGCUGGUUCACUACGACACGGGUGAAGAUGUUCACACAAGCCUUUAUGGAGCAGCUGUAGAUGUCAACAUCAGGCUGGACAGGAACUCCUUGACAAUCGAGAAGACUUACCUCACGCUGGCAAAUCGCAGGUCCGUCGUUAUCCACAAUCGGAGUGAAAUCAUAGCCCACUUCCAGUGGAAGGCUUUUGUUACUCAGGAAGAGGAAGAUCAGCACAAGCUGAGGCUGUGUGGCAGGCUGCAGCGGCAGGAGGAGGGUGAGAUGGAUCGCUUCAUCGAGGGGUGUGCCGUGGACCCCACUCUGCGAGAGCGCCUCUCCAUUCUCUCCCGCAUCUUCCAGAACGAGCGGGCAAAGGUGCGGGGUGACUCCAUGCUCUUCUCCGACGACAUCUUCACUGUUGAGCCAGUGGAGGGAGACAUCUGGCCAAACUCCUCAGCUGAAAUUAACGUGAUCUUCAAACCCCGCGAAGCUAGAGUCUAUCAGCAGACCGUCUUCUGUGACAUCUCAGGCCGAGAGACCAGGCUGCCCCUGCGCGUCAAAGGGGAAGGCGAAGGGCCCAGGCUGCGCUUCAGCUUUGACCAGCUUGACAUCGGGAAGGUGUUCGUUGGAUCGGCCCACAGCUAUGAGGCGGUCCUGUUCAACAAAGGAGCCAUCGAUGCCCUCUUUAACUUGGUGCCUCCCGUUACUGCUCUGGGCUCCUGCUUCACCUUCCUCCCCCGGGAGGGCAUCCUCAUGCCGGAUGAGCUCCAGGUCAUCCACAUUUCCUUCAGCUCCACCAUCCUGGGCCAGUUCAGUGAAGAGUUCAAGUUCAGUGUGUAUGGGUCUCCCAAGCCCGUGACCUUGACCAUCAGGGGCUGUGUCAUCGGACCGACCUUUCACUUCGAUGUACCCUCCCUCCGCUUCGGUGACGUCCCCUUUGGCUUUCCUCGCACCUUGUUGUGUCGCCUCAGUAACACCUCCCUGGUGCCCAUGACAUUCAACCUCCGCAUUCCGGGAGAUGGCUCUGGAGCCCCCAGCGUGACCAGUUUUGUCCAGAUGUCGGACAACACCCAUCUCUCCUGGAGGAAGGGAGCCCACGGUGAUCUCAGGCCGAGCGAAUUUACCAUAACUCCCUGCAGAGGAACCAUCCGCUCCCAGGGACUGCUGGAUGUCCAGGUCACGCUGUGCUCCAACACCGUGAGACAGUACGAGCUGGCCCUGGUGGUGGACGUGGAUGGUGUCGGCAAGGAGGUGUUGGCACUCCUCCUCACAGCCAGGUGCGUUGUUCCUCUGCUGCGAGUGCUCAACCCCGUGGUGAAGUUCGGGCGGUGCUUUCUGAAGCACCCCUACCAGCAGGUCCUCACCCUUGUGAACGACAGCGAUGUUCCUGGCUGCUACGGGCUCCUCCCGCAGGAGCACAAGGAGAGCGCUGCCGUGUGGUACUCCAGCCCAGCGCCCUGUGGGAUCAUCCAGCCCCGCAGCUCGGUGCAGGUCCCGGUGGUGCUGGCAGCCCAGGUGACAGGGGAGCAGUGCACAGCUGCUGAGGUGGCGGUGUUUGGGAGAAAAGGAGCCCCGCUGAAAAUCCAUUUAGUGAGCACCGGAGAAGGCCCAGUAGUCUACGUGCAUCCGAGUAAGAUAAAUUUUGGCAAUAUCCAAGUUCUGCAAGAUGCUACCCGAAUUCUCAACCUCUCCAAUCAGGCGGUCAUCCCUGCAUCGUUCUGGGCAGUGAUGGCUGGCAAGGGCUCGCGCUGGAGGAUCGAACCCAGCCGAGGCGUGAUCCCUGCUGGGACCGAGGUGUCCGUGACCAUCAUCGCCAACCUGGACGACACCGAGAAAUUCAAGGACGAGGUGAAGCUCUGCAUAGAGAACAGCAACACCUACGUGAUCCCUGUCCAGGCGGUGGGCACUGGCACCACCAUCAUCACCGACAAACCCUUCGCGCCAGCGCUUACCCUGGGGCCGCACUUCAGCCUGGGUCCCUGCUGUUACCACUUCAAGAUAACAAACAAGGGAAGGCGAACCCAUCAGCUCUACUGGACGACAGAAGGUUUUGCCCCGUUUCGCCAGCGUGAUCGUCUCCCUGUUGUUGGCAACUCCAAGGGCAAAAACUCCUCCCAAAGACCCCAGCCCGCAUCUCCUGUGUUCAAGCUUCGACCGCUGAGGAUGGAGCUGAUGCCAGGCAGGACCAUGGAGAUGAUGCUGGAAGGCUCCUCCAGCACUCCAAAGGUGGUGACAGAGCGGCUGCUGUGCCACGCCAUCAUAGGGAGCAAGGCAGGGAAGGCACAGAUAAUGCAGGUGGACGUCACAUGCGAGUUCGUGGCUCCUGUCCUGCAGAUCUCCUCCAGGGAAAUCACUUUCCGCGUGGAGAAGCAACCCAAGGAUGUCCUAACUCUUCAGUACAAGCCUCUUCAUUUAAAAAACAUCUCCUCCCUGCCGCUCAGCUUCGUCUUGCUCUUGGAUCAGCCCUUCCUGAUCUGCGAUGCAGAGCAGCAGCCCCUCUCAGUGGGUGUUCAGCCGAUGAAGCUGGGGAUAGGGGAGGAACUUCACCUCUCCAUCAGAUUUGACCCUGCUUACAAAGAGGACUUGAAUAUCCGCGUAGCAGAGAAGGCUCUGAAAAUACGGUUUCUCGAGCACCCCCACGAGGAGCAGGUUACUGUUCGGGGAGAGGUCUACUUCCCAAACCUCCAUAUCCAGACCAUGGCCCUGGACUUUGGCUGCAUCUUGAAUGACACCGAAGACAUGCGUUACGUCGAGAUGACCAACUGCAGCCCGCUUCUUGUGCGGUACCACUGGGCCUUCCUGACAGGCAGCCACAUGAGCCAGAUGAGGUUCAGCCCUCCGGUACCUAAAUAUUUCAUCCAACCCCAACCACCACAGGAGGAGGGAGCCACGGUGGAGCCCUCGGUAUCUGCAGGGAGCAGCUCCAGGGCUGUGGGUGUAGAGGAGCCAGCCCAGGCCAUGGGAGCAGCAGGAGACUCUGCCCAAGAGCCAGCAGAUGCAGAUGACUCACUGGAGGCACAGCUGCUGCCAUCUGCUGCUGAGGAGCUGGCAACUGCUGCGGAGUCUCAGAGUCGGGUGGAGAUCAAGGACCUGAUGGAGUUUGUGGACAGUGAGCCCCUUGCCUUGGGUGUGGAGGAGGUCUUCGACAUCCUGCCGCUGUAUGGCAUGCUGCAGCCCGGCGAGAGCCAACGGGUCACCAUCACCUUCUUCGGCCACGCCAACCUGGUCGCCCGCGUCACGGCGCUGUGCGAGGUGGAGGGAGGCCCAACGUACGAGGUGGCGCUCAGCGGGGAGGCUUCACUCCUCAGCUACCUCUUCGACAUCAGAGAGAUCGACUGCAGGCUGCAGCUGUUUAACGAAGUCACUGAAGCGGAGCUCACCCUGCAGAACAACGGGAAGGUGGGAUUCAAGUACCAGGCGCUGAGCCCCAGCAUGGCCCCUGCAGACAGCCCUCUGCCUGGCGUGCCCCUGGUCCUGCCCAGCACGGGUUACAUCGGACCUGGCAAGGAGCAAGUAUUGAAAGUCUUGUACCUGCCGGGAGUGCCUGGCAUCUUCUGCAAGACUUUCCAGAUCCAAGUGGGUCAUCUGGAGCCAGAAAAAUUCACCCUGAAAGGAGAGGGGAGCUUUCCCAGGAUCUACUUAGAUCUGCCCAGGAAUAUCAAAGGACACAAAAAAUAUGAGAAGGUCCUCAAGGAGGCGAAAGAAAAGAUGGAGAAGGACGGACAGAGAGAUGAAGCCAUUGUCCUGGGGAAAGCCACGGCCACUGAGCUGCCCAUGGAUGACUCGGGCACGGUGCUCGACACGCGGCUGCAGAUGCGAAUGGAGGAGAUGCUCAUAGAGGAACAUGCCUUGGAGCAGCAGGAGCUCCUUGCCUCCUGUCCCCCCGCGGAUGGGGUCUUUGACCAGCGUGCUCGUCGGAGGCUCCUCAGAGCCCAGCUGCCCGAGUACAUUCUGGACUUUGGCUAUGUUGUCCUCGGUAACAUCCCCGCGCACAUCGUGAAGGUCACCAACACCGGGCAGUUCCCAGUGUCCUUCCACGCAGAUGGACGGGUCCUGCGUGACACAGGUUUCACUGUGGAGCUGGACCGUGUGAGGAACCUGCCGUACUGCGAGACCGAGACAUUCGAGGUGCGCUUCGAUCCGCAGAGGGCCAGCCUGCCGCUGGGAGCGGUGGACGUGCUCCUGCCCAUCAAGGUAGCAGGAGGUCCCACGUUUCACAUCUGCCUUCGUGCCACUGUGACUUUGCCGUCCCUCAGCCUCUCCAGGGACAGGCUGGAGUUCUCCAGUGUGCAGUGUGGGCAGUGUCAGGAAGAAACCAUCCAGCUCCACAAUCAGUUCCAGGUCCCCUGUAAAUGGUUCAUCACCAUGACAGAGCCUGUUAAGAAGGUGGACAAACAUUUGCCAGCAAGCGUACGUCGGAAGCUGCAGCAGGAGGCGAAGGCCAAGCCCUGCGUCUUUGAGGCACUGCCCUUGGCUGGAGACCUCGCGCCGGGGCAGCGAUGCAACGUGCGGGUCAGGUUUUUGCCCACGGAAGAGAGGUCCUACAGAAGUGAGCUGAAGAUUAACAUCUGCCAGAGCAGCCAGCACUUCCAGCUGCCGGUCUCGGGGCAUGGGCUGGAGCCACAGCUGGAGUUCAACCCCCCGGUGCUCGAGCUGGGGCCAGUGUUGCCGUACAGCAGCGGGGCAGAGGGGACAGUGGUGGUGAAGAACCCAUGCGAGUUCCCCAUCGAGUUUUACUCCCUGGAGUUCGACCAGCAGUACCUCGCCGAGGAGCAGAUUCUGCGGGUGCUGAAGGACUACGAUUGCCACAACACCCUGCUGCUGCCUCCGCGUGCCCCUGGUGAGAAGCUGCCCCCAGAGGUGCUGGAGUACUACCAGGACCAGAAGAGGCUGCAGGAUGAGCAGGGGAAGCCCGAGCCUGGGGAACCAGCAGGCCAGGACAACGCAAAUGCUGAAGACGUCCAGUCUCUCUCAGAUCAAGGAGGGAAGUACUCUGCUGGGAUCGUGCACACCAUCUCAUCCCAUAGCUCCAUCAUUCCCUUCUCCAUGUUUGAUGAAAACCAGUCCAGCAAGGUAGACUCUAAAUCUGAACUGGGAGAAGAGGAGGAGGAAGGUCUUGGGAAAAGGCGCUGGACAGAGCACUGGCAGAGCACCAGCAGCAAGGACGCCGCGGGAGAGCUGGACAACAGCCCCGUCCGCAGAGCCAUCGCCCGCCACCUCGGCCUUGAUAUCUCUGCAGAAGGCUGUGCAGCCCAAAACCGCAGAGGGAUCGUCAUCAUCAUCCACGGGGCGCCCCUGACGGGAAAGACGUCGGCAGCAGUGGCUCUCUCCAGACGCUAUGGCGCGGCCCGCCUGUCCAUUGACUCGGUGGUGACCGAAGCCAUCUCCGACAGGAGCAGCUCAGCUGGGCUCCGUGCACGGGAGCUGUGCCUCAGGGCGGCCAUAGAGCAGAGCCACAAGGAGAUGGAGGAUGCCGGUCAAAGCACGGAGGCAUCCCUCAGCUUGCAGCUCGGUGCCGAGGCCAGGAACAGCCCGGCCACGAGCCAGUCCAGCUCUGGGGACAAAGCCAGCCAGCAGUCCAUCGGCUCCCGCAGCCGGGCGAGUGCAGCGACGGGCAAGAGGAAGACGGAUGGACACGGGUCCCAGUCCCAGAAACAGCAACACGCGGACCUGGCAGGCUCGCAGGGCUCCUCCAGUUCUCACCUCGUCUCGCUGCUUCCCUGCUUUCCCACGCAGCAGUGGCUGAGUGUCGGCGGCAGCGGUGCAGGAGAGAUGGGCUUGAUGAGCUGCGUGCUUCCCGAGGACUUGCUGGGGGCCAUUCUCUCAGAAAGGCUGCAGCUGAGUGACUGCUACCAGGGAGUGGUGUUUGAUGGCCUGGAGACCCUCUUUGCAGGCAGCAUGGCAUCUGCUCUCCUCUGCCUGCUCAAAGCUGCCAGAAACCGGCCUCACAUCUAUUUCGUGAACCUCUUCCAGGAUUAUGCCUCUUUGAAAGCCAGAGAGAUGGCUGCAAAAGAGCAGGAAGAACGGGAGCAGGAGGAAGCCGCCAGGAGGGCGAAAGCACGCCUCCAGGAGAUGGAUGAGGAGGAGUACGAUGCCCUCACGGAGGAGCAGAAAGCUCAGUUUGAUGACAAUAUACUACAAGUCCAGCGUGAGAGGAAGAGGAGGAAGAUGGAGCAGCUGGCUCGAGAGCUUGAGGAAAAACUCAAGCAAGAACUAGAACGCUUGAGGGAGGAAGAAGAGAUGAAGAAGAAGUCCAGGCGGGGGAAGAGAGAGCUUGGGAAAGAAAAAGACAAUGCCUCGGGGAAGAAAAGCCAGCACGGAGGCAGACAGAAUUUGAACACCUCCACCAGCAACACCAAUGUGUCCACCAGCAACCGCUCAGACAUCAACGAAGGGGUAGACAAGAAGGGGUCUGUGAAGGAGCACCUGGACUCUGUUGCAGGUGACAAGGAAGAUAAGAAAAAGCGGAGCAAGGUUCCCCUGCCGGAUGGCAGCCCGGUGGUGGCUGUGCAACCCACAAAGGUCGAACAAGAGGAAGCCAAGCAGAAGACCCUGAGUGAUAGCGAGAAGGUCUUGGCCAAGAGGUUUAAGAUCUACGAGGCAUCACGGAAAGACAUCACGCAUAUUUUGUCAUCCUGGGACAGGGCUCAGGGCAUUCUGCUGUCCCUUCUGAGCCAAGAGGAGGCAAGGUACCAAGCAGAAGACCAGCACCCACCUCUCUCCAGCCGCAGGAGCCGGAAGGACAGAGAGAAGGAGCGCCAAGAGAGGCUGGAGAAGGAGCGGGCAGAGAGGGAGCGGCUGGAAAAACUGAAGGCUAUCGAAUCCAGGUUACCUGGGCUGGAACAGGAAGGUGCAGAAUGGUCAGCCAAGGGCCAGGAUGUCGGGGUGCCUUGCUUGGACAUCCAGGUGCUGAGCGCAGAAGAUGCUACGGGGAAGAUUCUGGAGAGCGGCAAGCUGCCCGCGGCAGAGGAGAUCCUGGAUGGCCUGGGACUGGGUCCCUCAGGGCCUCCCAUUCCUUCUACCACAUUUUACUCGGUGAUCCGCUACCCGGAGAAGCGUGUGGCCCCUGCAGGAGAAGCUCUCAAGCACUUCAUCUUUGUUGCGCCAGAAGGUGCGGUGUUGGAAGAAGAAAAGAAGGAAACAGAAAGCCUCAUGGAUGCUCCCAUCGCGCUCACUGUCAAGACGUCGGAGGAGCAAGUCACCCCCACCAGAGGCCGGUCAAGGAAGGAGAAGGCUGAGGGCAGCCGGGAGGCUCUGAAGGACAAGCGAAGCUCUGGCCGGAGCAAGAAACAUCCCCAGGGGCCGGGCACAGGGCCACCACCACCACGUCCCCCUGAGGUGGACCAAAGCAGCGUGGACAUGGGCCUACCUCUGGGGAAGCCCCUCAGGCUGAGCAGCUGCCGGUGGAUCGUGCCUGCCCGCGGCCAGGUUGAACUGAAGGUACACUUCAGCUCCACGGUGCUGGGCCAGUUUGACCAGACACUGCAUUUUGAGAUCCUGGGGACAAACCGACUGCACCAGCUGCACUGCAGGGGCACCUGCCUGUACCCCACCAUCAGCCAGGACCCACGGCUGGUGUUUCCUCACCGGAGGAAGAGCAAGGCAGAUGGUGACAUUGUUUUCAAGCAGUACAUCAUGAGCACAGGUGUAUUCCACUUUGGGCCGCUGCUCUGUGGGAAGUCCAGAGACUGGUACAAGGCGCUGCACUACCCCAGCAACUGUGAGAAGAUAACCAUCCUCAACACCACCCCCUUGGAAGCAGAGGUGCAUUUCUUCUUUGAGCACGACCUCAAAGCAGACACUUUCCUUUUGGACCCUCCCAACAUGACGCUGAAACCGAACGAGAAGCAGGAGCUGAGCCUUUGGGCGUACCCCACAUCAGCUGGCCUCAUUGAAGACAACCUCGUGUGCUGCAUUAAGGAGAACCCGGAGCCGGUGGUCUUCCCCUUGUGCUGCCAGGGGGUGCGGGUGGAGCUGGGGGUCAGCCCCAAGCAGGUGCACUUCGACAAGCUGCUGCUGCACAGGCGGGACAGCAAGAAGCUGGUGCUGCGAAACUCCACCCCGCUGCCCGCAGCCUGGAGGCUCAGCGGGGUGGAAAACCUCGGCGAGGACUUCUCGGUGUCGCAGGAUGAAGGCAUGGUGGGGCCCCACACGGAGCUGGAGGUGUACCUGCAUUUCAUGGCCACGAAGGCGCUGAGCGUGAAGAAGACCAUCCGGCUGGAGGUUUCAGAUGCAGAGAACAUCCUGGGGAUUGUUCAGAUUGAAAAUAUUCAAAUCCACGCGGAGGCCUAUGAUGUUGCUCUGAGCAUCACCAUCCCUAAAGGUACAGAUGGCAGGGUGGAUUUUGGAGUCCUUAAAGUGCUGGAUGAUGCAAAGCAAGCACUGACCCUGAGGAACAAAGGGAAGUACGAGAUCGCAUACAGCUUCAAGAUAGAAAAUGCGGAUACCAGCAUCCCAGACUUGGCAUCCCACUUCUCUAUCCAGCCACAGAGAGGGGUGCUGACCGCCUCCGAGCGCCCUGUGCAGGUCCAGCUGCUCUUCCACCCCAGGGCAGAAAUGAGCAUCGAGGACAAACCCAUCCUGAAGUGCCAGGUGAUUGAGCCCAGCCUCUGCGAAGGAGGGGAGACCAUCGCCAUCAUCCCUGUGCCGGUGUCCGCCAAAGCUCUGUUCAGCAAGUACAGCAUCACCCCGGCCUCGCUCAUCAACUUCGGCGCCCUGGUCAACGGCACCAAGAAAACCUGCACCAUCACGCUGGAGAACAGAGGCAGCCUCGACUUUAAGUUCCUCGUCUACAAAGCAGACCAGGAUGUGCCUGGGCUGGCAAGGAAAAGCGCCCAUCACAAGAAAUCUAACCACUCCCAGGAGAAUGAAAACGUAAGCAAGGUGAUAACCUCUGCAAAGCAAAGCAAGCCGUCCCUGCAGAAGGAGAUGAACCCCUUCAUGCAGGCUCGCUUCACCCUGGGCAUGUUCACGGUGUACCCCGGCUUCGGCUCCAUCCAUCCCGGGGACAAGCAGACAAUCACGGUGGAUUGCCACGCAGAGCCGCUGGGGCUGUGCGAGGAGCACCUCUCCAUCGAUAUCAGCGACAGGGACCCCAGGGACAACCCCCUGGGCAUCCCCUAUACCCUGCUGGCCGAGUCCUGUCUCCCAGCGUUUGUGGCUGACGACGUAGGGUCCAUCUUUGAGGAGCAUCGCAUCUGCAGCAACACCAACCUCUGCCAGAUCCUGCAGACCGUGCAGGACAGGGGCGUGUUCAUCACAGACGAGAACAAGUUCAUCUUCACCAACGUCCUGGUUGGGCACCGGGCCACUGCUCGCUUCAAGAUCCGCAACGUGGGCAAAGUCCCCUGCAACGUGGUCCUCUCCAUCAAACCCAUCUUCGGUAAGCCCAACAGCCGCGUCAGCGACAUUUUCGAGGUGGACCCCGUCCAGAUGUGCGUGCCCAGCCGCUCCCACACCUUCGCUACGGUGACCUUCAUUCCACAAACCAUGCAGAGCUACCAGUGCACUUUUGAAGCUUCACUUGAUGUCCAGACAAGCCCUGCAGCAAUUAAAGCCCAAAGCCUAACGUUUGAUAUCAGUGGAGAGGGGAAUCUGCCCCAGGUCACGGUCCUGCGCCCAGUCCUUCACAGUAAGGGAGGGAACCCUCUGCUCCUCUUCAAGAAGCUGCUGCUGGGUGACUCUGAAAAGCUCCCUCUGGUCCUUCAUAACGCCGGCAUCAUACCUGUCCAGGUGAUGAUAGAUCUGUUGGAUGAAGGGGGAGUUUUCUUCCUGAGAGCCAGGCCAACCACGCAGUGCAUCUACCAGGCUGCAGGUAUGAAGGAGGACUCUGCUGGAGAAGGGAUGAAACCCCACACCGCUUCGCUGGUCCUGCACCGCGGGGAAUUAGCAGAGUUCGAUGUGCUUUUCAAACCCAGCCUGCCCCAGCGCGUGGAAGGGAAGAUCCACCUGUCCGUGGUGGACAACCCCUAUGAAGAGACCAACGUUCAGCUGGUGGGUGAAGGCUACGAGGAUGACUUCACGAUAGACAAUAUCCAUGGACUUGUGGUAGACAGCGCUGAGGAGAGCUCUGAGGGUGAUCUGGAGGAGGACACAAUUGAAGCUGCCAGAGCGGAUCACAUCCAGUUUGGGGACUGUCACAUUGGGAAGCCCUACCAGGCCACCUUCACGAUCACCAACCGCAGCCGGGCGGAGGCAAUGCGGUUCGAGUGGCUGGCAGGCCCCCCGUUUCACUUCUCCCCCCAGGUGGGACACCUCCACGCGGGCUGCGCUAAGGACAUUACAGUGACCUUGAAAUCAGAUGUGGCAGUCACCUUCAGAAGGCAACCUGUGAGGUGUAAGGUGGCCAGGAUUGCCUUCCAGCUGCCACCGGAGCAGGUCACUGACUGGGACAACCGCCUGUGCACCGUCAAGUGGGUGGAUGCCACGAGGGGCCAAGCAGCCUCGUGGCCUGUCAAAAAGAAGGUGAUUGAAACAGACCCAGAACCAGCUCACAGCCUCCUGGAGAGGAGCAGCCGUGAGGUGGAGCUUUGCCUCAGCGCCGUCGUCGAUUACACCGAGUUCAAGCUGGAUACGGAUGCGAUUCAGUUCAAGGAGACCUUGCUCUUCCAGACAAGGACAUUCACUUUCCGGCUGUCCAACACAGGGAAUGUGGCCCUGGAAUACACCUGGAUGGAGGACAUGGGGGAUGAAAGGGCAGCGAGCCGAGCUGGGGAGCUGCUCCUCGCCACCCUGGAAGGGGAUUUCCUCUCCUCCGCUUCUGGUGCCUCCGAGAAGCUCCAGCCCAGCCAGCGGGGCCGCUCUCCAGGGCACGACUCACCUUCCCUGAGCUCGCCCCUGAGCACCGUCCAUGCCACCCCGCUCUUCUCUGUCGAGCCCCGCAGCGGCAUCAUCCCUGCCGGCCAGGAGCAGCUCUUCCAGAUGAAGUUCUCCCCGGUGUAUGUGGGGGACUUUGAGAGCUGCAUGCUCUGCAGUAUUCCCAACCUGAAGCCGAAUCAAAAGGGCCCAGAAGUGGUCGUGAAGGGGAGAAGCCAGAUGCCACAUUGUCACUUCGAGCUGGAAGACUCCGACUACAUCACUGCAAAAAGGCGCAGCCCUGAGCUGCAGGACCCAAAGGGGACAACGCUGGGUCUCAACACGAGGGUGCUCGAGUUUGCAGCGAUUGGUGUGUGUAGCAGGAACAGCAGGACCUUCAUGGUUAUGAACCCAACCAGUUCUGUGUACUCCUUCCAGUGGACUUGCCAAGACCCUGCAGCUCCACCAGGACAGACAGCUUUCUUCUGCCUCACAGAGAGAGGGCAGAUCCAGCCGGGGAAAAAAGCAGAGAUCAAGUUUGAAUUCAUCCCCCGGCAUCUGGACAUCACAGAGUCAUUCUGGGUCUUUACGAUCCCCGAGCAGAGCCUUUCAGUCCCGUUCCUGCUGGUGGGCAACACCACCGACCCGCUGGUGACUCUGGACAGGUCCCACCUGAACUUCCACUUGCUCUUAGUCGGGCACAAGGUACACCAGACCAUCUAUAUGAUCAACAGCGAGAAGGAAGCCUUCAGCUUUGCCUUCAGAGAAAGCUCUCUCUUCUCAGAGGGAUGCAACACCUCCGUGAAAAUAGAGCCCCUGGAAGGCUCCAUCGCUCCCCUUUCAAGGCUUCCCAUUACAGUCUUCUUCACACCGACACUGGAAGGAGAGGUGGUCUUCAACCUCAAGUGCGAUGUCAAGAGGAAGACAGAGCCCCUCUGCUUGAAUAUCAAGGCCAGCGGCUACAGCAUGAGCGUCUCCGUCAGGUGUGAGGGUGGCGACGGCCGCGGCACCGAGCUCAGCACGCAGAAGGUCAACGUCAUUGAUUUCGAGGAGGUGCAGCUGAAUGAGAGCACCAAGCGCGUCUUCAGCAUCUGCAAUAACGGAAAAUUCGGCUUCAGCUUCUCGUGGGAGCUGAGCGGCCCUGCAGCCCGGGUGCAGCUCCUCACCCUCGCCCCUCAGACGGGCAGUGUGCAGGCUGAGAGCAAAGUGGAGACCCAGCUGGUUUUCCACCCGCAGAAAAUGUGCACUUUAAAGGACGUGGAGCUGACGCUGCAGAUCAGCCAGGGUCCCACGUUUACCUGCAUGUUCCUGGCCACUGUGGUAGUACCCGCCAUCCACUUCUCUGCCACCAGACUCAACUUUGGAGCCUGCUUUGUCUACCAGGCUGGGAUGCCACCUGCCCGGCAGACCCUCGUCAUCACGAACAAAGCAGACAAAGAUGUCAGCCUGAGCUGCCUGUUUGCCGGCACCGCACACCUGGAGGUGGGCUGCCCAGCGUGCAUCCUUCGCCCAGGAGGGGCCAUGGAAGUGCCCAUCACUUUCUAUCCCAGAGAGGUUGCAUCUUACCAGGAGCUCAUCCCUUUUGAAAUCAAUGGCCUUUACCACCAGACUGUGGAGGUCCAAGGAAGAGGCACAGAAAUGAAGGUUGAUGUUGUGGAACCACAAGGAAAGGUGGUGAAGCUGGGAGCCCUCUCCAUCGGACAGAUGGUGAAGAAGACUGUCACCAUAGCAAACAACAGUCUCGCCCCUCUCACUUUCAAGCUCAGUUUCAAGUCCUCUGUGCCAGAGCUGCAAGAAUACGGGGUUCUCUGCGUGCACCCCACCGGCGAACUGAAUCUGAAGCCCAAAGGAGACACCUGCAAAGUGGAGGUGGUCUUCUCCCCAAAGCGCCGCAUCCAGCCGUUCGCUGGGGAAGUGAUGCUGGAGAUCAAGGGCCUGUCGCGCUCCCUCUUCAUGGUGCGGGGCUCCUGCCAGGGUGUCCACGUCAGCCUGGACCAGGAACACCUCAGUUUCGGAGCGGUGCUGCAGCAGAGCCACGCGUCGCAGCGCAUCACCAUGCAGAACAUGGGCGACAUAGGAGUCAAGUUUAAGUGGGACAUCAAGAGCUUCAAGCCCGAUUUCUCCAUCAGCCCCACGAAGGGGUACAUCUCCCCAGGAAUGGAUGUCCCCUUCGUCGUCAGCUUCCACCCCUCAAAGCCGAGCCUCUCUAUCCAGUACGAGGGACUGCAGUGCUCCAUCCAGGGCAGCGAGCCACUCCGGCUUACGCUGGCGGGGUGCUGCGUGGAGGCCCCUGUGAGCAAAGAGACGCUGACGUUUGCAUGUGACGUGCGCGAGACACACAGCCAGACCGUCCUCCUGUCCAACCCAAGCAACGAGGCCUGCACCGUGAAGCCCGUCAUUGAGGGCGAACACUGGAAAGGGCCUGAAUUUUUCCACCUAGAGGCCAACGAACAAAACAAGCCCUACAAGAUCACCUACAACCCCCUAACCAUGAGCUCCGACAAAAAGAAGCACCAGGGCUCCAUCUUCUUCCCCUUGCCAGACGGGACAGGUUUGCACUACCUCCUGCAGGGGACUGCUGAGGGCCCGAAAUGUUCAGGGACCAUUGUUCGGGAGGUACCGUGCAGGACCUCCUACACCGAGCUCAUCCCCGUCUCCAACUGGCUGAGCAGACCGCAGAGGUUCCUCGUGGUGACGGACAUACUCAAACCAGAGAACCUGGAGAGCGGUUCCGUGCUGCGUGGGCUGGAGUACAUUGAUGUGCCUGGCUCCGACAAGAAGGACUACAAGCUCACCUUCCUCUCCUACAAGGAGGGCGUCUUUAACACAAUGGUGACCUUCCUCAAUGAGGCGACCGAGGAGUACUUGUUUUACAUGAUCACUUUCAAGGCCACGGCUCCAGGACCCGUCGGCACCGUUGAAGUGAGCGCCGCUGUGCGGCAGAGCGUGUCUUCUGCCGUCAGGGUGGACAACCCGCUGGCUGUCCCAGUGGUGUUCGACGUCGAUUGCAGAGUGCCCGACGUCAGCAUCCCCCCGCACUUCACUGUGCCUGCCCAGGCAGAGGCUGAACUUGUCUUUGAGUACCGGCCCCUGAAGGUGGGCGAGAGCACUGGGCGCCUGAUGCUCCACAGCAGCGACUUGGGCUUGUGCCACUACGAGCUGAUCCUGAAAGCCACCCCCAGCAAGCCGGAGAAGCCACUCUACUUCUGCACCACACUGGGCUCCAACCAGACCCUCACCGCCAAAGUCAUGAACUACAGCCGCCAGAAGACAGACUACGUCCUCCAGACCGACUGCCCUGACUUCCAGACGGAGAAAACCAUCAGCAUGCCCCCGUCCUGCGCGGGGGGCUCAGAGGUGUGCGUGGAGGUGACCUACGAGCCCUGCCAGCUGGGCGAGUCCCGGGCUACCCUGCAGCUCUCGGGCCCCCCAGGGGGCGAGUACAGCAUCCCACUCUUCGGUCUGGCCCUGCCGCCCAAGCCACAGGGCCCCUUCCCCAUCAAGGCCGGCAGCAGCACCUCCAUCCCCUUCAAGAACGUCUUCCUCCAGCCCACGGCCUUCACCUACAGCGUGGAGAACCCGGCUUUCGCCGUCCGGGCCACCGGGACCUUGCGCCCCAAGAAGACCAUCUUCAUGGCCGUCUCCUUCGAGGGCAGCCCGGGCGGCGGCAGGACCCCCGUCACCAGCCGCCUGGUGGUCUCCUGUCCCCGGGCGGCCGGCGUGGGGCCGGGGGUCUCCUGGGUGUACUACCUGCGGGGCCUCCCCACGGACAAGUGA